UUAUUAAUACAGAGAUGUAUGCACGUGUAUCAGUUGCUGUUCUCUUUCACAAGCUUGCGCACUUACCUAAUAGGAUAGGUGGAGAAGAAAAUGGAGAUUAUCAGGCUUCCCGAAAGUGUGGAAAAAUAUUUCUUGCCGAACUCCUUGAUUAUGCGGUUAAUGAUAAAGAUCUUGCAAGGAAUUGUAUAAAAAAUUCAGUGGCGUUCAUAGGCGCAAAGUUCGUCUGUGGCAAAUGAUCUGUGUAUUAUCACAUUUUGUUGAUGAUGAUAUAGUUGGAGCAGUUACGUCCAGAUUGCAUGUUUGUCUAUGCAGAAACAAUUUGCCAGGUGUUAGGCAAUAUUUGGAAAUAUUUGCGAUGCAAAUUUACUUGAAGUUCCCAGCAUUAGUUGAACAGCAACUGCUUCCUAUUUUCUACAACUAUAACAUGCGACCACAGGCAUUAUCUUCCUAUGUAUUCAUAGCAACCAAUGUUAUCCUUCAUGCUGGUGACUUGCCUAUGCAAUUGAAGCAUUUACAUGGGCUGCUUCCUUCAAUAAUUCCAUUUUUGACCUCGCAUCACCAUAGUUUGCGUGGAUUUACUCAGUUACUGGUUUACCAUGUCCUUUGCAAACUAUGGCCUGCUCUGGGGCCUGGUACCUCAGAAGUUGCACCUUUGGAAAAGAAGUGUUUUGAGGACUUGAAGCUAUAUUUGGCUGAGAAUCCAGACUGUGUGAGGCUAAGGGCAUCAAUGGAGGGCUUUCUUGAUGCUUUUGAUCCUGUAAAGUCUGCAACGCCCACUGGAGUCUUCAAUGCCCGUGAUGAGGGGCUUGAAUUUGAAUGUGUUCCUGUAUCCCUCAUGGAGCAUGUCAUCACAUUUUUAAAUGACGUUAGAAAUGAUCUAAGAGAUUCCAUUGCAAAGGACGCCAUGGCCAUCAAAAAUGAAAGUAUAACACAUGCAGAUAGUUGCAAGGACUCAGCAGAAUUACUAAAGGCCAAUGAAGAUGGAGCAUUUCCUCUAAAUCGGAUUGAUUUUUCUUUAGAUUUCCAAAAGAAAAUCACAGUUCAAGAAUAUGGUAGCGCUGACUUCUUGGGUGAUUCUGAACCACCUAAACUUCUUUUAGAAAUGGAAAAGGAAGAUCAGCUUCUGAGGCCAGUGAUUCAGUCGAGAAAUCAAGCUGUGCAAAGAAUAAAGGAAAGUCAACAGCAGUUUAUCUUUGUAGCAUCAUUACUUGAUCGAAUACCUAACAUUGCUGGGUUAGCAAGAACAUGUGAGGUAUUCAAGGCAGCAGGUCUGGCCGUUUCUGAUGCAAGCAUCAUACAUGACAAACAAUUUCAACUGAUUAGAAUUGAUUCUAAUGGCAAUACAUCUCAUCAAUCAUUUAUUUCAGUGUAACAGCUGAGAAGUGGGUUCCUAUCAUAGAGGUUCCUGU